CAGGCACAUAUAUAACUAUUCUUGUUCUACUUUACUUUGCCAAAUAAAUACCCCCAAAAAAAAACACCAGGAAAAAACAAAUAGUGAUGGGAAAGGAUUUGGCCACAGCCAUGAACGCCCGAACCCUUGGCUCCGGCACCCAAACCAUAGUAUUGGCUCAUGGUUUUGGUGGCGACCAGUCGAUGUGGGACAAGCUCCUCCCCCACUUGGCCGCCAACCACCGUGUUGUCCUCUUCGAUUGGUGUUUUUCCGGCGCCGUCCUCGACCCCACUCUCUAUGACCCCAUUAGGCACAGUACAUACGAUGGUUAUGCGGAGGAUUUGAUCGGUUUGUUAGAGGAGAUGAAGAUAGAGUCGUGUGUGUUGUUGGGUCACUCCAUGUCGGGUAUGAUUGGGUGCAUCGCGUCCAUUAAAAGGCCCGACCUUUUCACUAGGCUCGUGCUCCUUGGAACUUCUCCAAGCAUCGAGUCGAAUUUCGAGGUUUGGUCUUCAAACUACCCUUCUCUCGCCGUGGACAAAAGUGAUCCCACGUCAGCAGACAAGUUCAGCAAAUGUCUGAAAAGAAUGAGGCCUGAAGUUACACUUUCCCUAGCGAAAACCGUGUUCCUCGGCGACUAUAGAGACAUUCUCGACAAAGUUGAAAAGCCCUGUGACAUCAUCCAGACGAGAAGUGAUGUCGUGGUCCCAAACUCGGUCACAGAGUACAUGCAGAGGAAAAUUAAGGGGAAUUGUACGGUGAAGAUUAUUGACACGGAGGGUCAUUUCCCUCAUCUCACGGCCCAUGUUCAGUUAGUUGAGGUGUUGGAUAACAUUUUACGUUGUUAA